AUGGCCCGGACCGUCACCAGUGUUCGACUUCGUGUUUCGGCAGUACACCAAAUUAUCCGCUCGACCCGUCCGAAAGAUACCGAAAUGGCAGCUAAGGUAAGACAAUCGCAAUUUUAACAUUAUGUUUCCCGUGAAAACGUGAAAACGCGAACACGAUUUCAAAAACGAUUACACGGCAAUGAUACCAACCACGUUUUUCCGCAGAUGAUCAUUCUCGCCGCGUGCGUGUCCGCCGCCCUCGCCCAAUACGCCGCCCCGGCCUACGAACCCGCGUACCCGGCUUACCCGGCGCCCAAGGCCUACGCCGCCGAGCCCACUUACGCCCCGGCCCCGUACAGCUUCGAGUACAGCGUAAACGACCCGUCCACCUACGACGUCAAGAGCCAGUCGGAAUACAGCGACGGAAAGACCGUCAAGGGAUACUACAGCCUGGUCGAGGCCGACGGCACCAAGAGGAUCGUCGAAUACACCGCCGACGACUACGGUUUCAACGCCGAAGUCAAGAAGGAAGGCACCCCAUCCGCUUACGCCGCCCCGGCCUACAAGCCCACCUACCCAGCACCUGCUGCAUACCCAGCACCGGCUGCCUACCCAGCCCCGGCCUACCCAACACCGGCGUACUCCGCACCGGCCUACAAGCCAGCGUACAAACCAGCCUACUAAUCGCAGUCAGACCCACUACCCCGUGAACCUUUGAAACCUUUAUGCUCGUUUCUGUUGUGCUUCUUGAUCUUCCGCCCUUUCGCCGUGCGCUUUUGCGCCGCCGCGUUCAUAUUGAACCGCGGUCUCAAAGUCGUUACAUACGCUGCCGUAUCCGUUUCAAUACGACAGUUUUGCGACCGAUGUAUUUAUUGUGUAAAUAUAUAAAAAUGUAAAUUUAAUGAAAAACAA